GUGAGUUUCGCCUGCCGACAGUAGAGGGAGAGAGAGCGCGCGAGAGAAAAGAGAGAAAUGGCGCCUCGGCACUCCGCUCACUAAGACAGUAACUAGCGGACAAGACUGACAACAGCAAGAGCCGAGAAAAAAAAGAGGGAAUCAUGGUGAACACCCGAAAGAGCUCCCGACAUGAGCAAUGUACUCCGUUCAUCUCGUCCAGAACCAGGUCGUCCGUGAAGAACAAGCCCAGCAGCGCGGAGGAACAGCACCAUAAAGACCUAGGAAGUGAUGUCAGCUCCAGCAGUGCCCGUCUGUCACCCCCUUCCAAACGGACCCGCAGACACACUACCCCCAGCUCCAGUGACACCUCGCCAAGCCCCCAGACCAAAGGUCAAAGAGUCUCCUGGAAUAUCCCCAAACAUCGCACGAGGCGAUCAGAAGCCCUGCAAAAUGGACAUGGAAACAUCACCCGCAUGAACCCGAGGGGUGAGGACAGUGGAGAUGGCGACCAUGCUCACAUGAAUGGACUAAAGAGGAGUUGCCGCUCCAGGAAGAGCCAGUUUGAGCACCUCAACCAGAGCCUGCUGUUUGAUCAGCUUGUCAACAGUACCGCAGAGGCAGUACUGCAGGAAAUGGACAACAUUAGCAGCAUCCGACAGAAUCGAGAGGUGGAAAGUCUCCGAAUGUGGACAGACACUGAAUUUGAGAAUAUGGACAUGUAUUCACGGGUGAAGAGGAGAAGAAAGUCUCUGAGGAGGAACUCCUAUGGGAUGCAGACACAUCACAAAGUCCUCAGUGAAACUGCGGCCGAAGAAGAGGAGGAGGAGGAAGGAACAGAAGAAUCCCAUGAAGAAGGCGAGGAGGAGGAUGAAGAUGUAGAAGAUGAUGAAGAUGAUGACGAUGGAGAUGAGGUGGAGGAGACUGGGGAGGAAAACGACAGGCGUUACAAUCUGAGGCAGCGCAAAACUGUGCAGCGAUAUGAAGCUCCCCCUAUUGAGCCAGUGAAUAGAAAGCAAAGCAAGGACACACUGUUUGAUACUCACAGGUCUCCAGCACGAAGAAGCCAUGUAAGGGUUAAAAAGCAUGCCAUCCAUAGCAGCGACACAACGUCGUCUUCUGACGAGGAACGCUUUGAGAGAAGAAAGAGCAAGAGCAUGACCAGAGCCCGUAACAGGUGUCUUCCCCUGAAUUUACGGCCAGAAGACCUUGCUAGUGGAGUGCUUCGUGAUCGAGUAAAAGUGGGAGCUAGCUUAGCAGAUGUAGAUCCCAUGACCCUGGAUACCUCUGUGCGGUUCGACAGUGUUGGGGGUCUCAGGAAUCACAUCCAGGCUCUGAAAGAGAUGGUGGUCUUCCCUCUUCUGUACCCAGAAGUCUUUGAGAAAUUCAAAAUCCAACCACCAAGGGGCUGCCUCUUUUACGGACCUCCUGGAACAGGGAAGACUUUGGUGGCCCGGGCCUUGGCGAACGAGUGCAGCCAGGGGGAUCGCAAAGUGUCCUUCUUCAUGAGGAAAGGAGCAGACUGUCUUAGCAAGUGGGUGGGCGAAUCUGAACGGCAGCUACGCCUGCUCUUUGACCAGGCAUAUCUGAUGAGGCCCUCUAUAAUCUUCUUUGAUGAGAUUGAUGGCCUGGCACCUGUGCGUUCCAGUAGACAGGAUCAAAUUCACAGCUCCAUAGUGUCCACGCUGCUUGCUCUGAUGGAUGGAUUGGACAGUAGGGGUGAGAUAGUGGUCAUUGGUGCUACAAACAGACUUGACUCUAUCGAUCCCGCACUCAGGAGACCUGGUCGAUUUGACAGGGAGUUUCUUUUCAGCUUGCCUGAUAGAAAGGCUCGAAAGCACAUUUUAGACAUUCACACCAGGGACUGGAAUCCCAAACUGGCAGAGCCUUUUGUUGAGGAGCUGGCAGAGAAAUGUGUUGGCUACUGUGGGGCCGACAUUAAAGCACUUUGCACAGAGGCAGCGCUGGUGGCCUUGCGACGGCGCUACCCCCAGAUCUAUGGCAGUAGCCAGAAGUUCAAGCUGGACGUGGACUCCAUCGUCCUGGGCCCGCAGGACUUUCAGCAGGCCAUGCGCAUUAUUGUCCCCGCCUCCCAGCGUGCUCUGGGAGUCCCCGGCCGUGCCCUCUCCGCUGUGGUGCGGCCGCUGCUGGAGGGUGCUCUCUCUGAGGUGCUGAGCAGCCUGCUUCGAGUCUUCCCCCAUGCAGAAGCCUCUCUCAGGGACCCCCUGGACGAUGCUGACAAUCAGCUGCUAGAGGAUGACUUUUACAGUGACGAUGACAGCGACAAUGGUGCUCCAUCAAUUUACGAUGUCCAUUCAGAAUCUCCAAAGAAACAAACGCCCUUAGCUGCACAUCAAUCCUUCUUGCAUUUCACUAUGUCAGCCUAUCACCAGCCCACCUCAUACCGGCCGCGCCUGCUCUUGGCAGGUGAUCGUGGCUCAGGGCAGAGCACACACCUUGCCCCUGCCGUGCUGCACUGCCUGGAGAAGUUCUCAGUGCAUCGGCUGGACCUACCUACCCUCUACUCCAUUAGUGCCAAAACCCCAGAGGAGUCCUGUGCUCAGGUGUUCCGUGAGGCCCGUCGGACUGUGCCCAGUGUGGUGUACAUGCCCCACAUCAGCGAAUGGUGGGAGGCCAUUGGCGACACUGUCAAGAGCACCUUCCUCACACUGUUGCAAGAUGUGCCCUCCUUCACCCCUGUGCUCCUCCUUGCCACCUCAGAGACGACCUAUCAGCAGCUCCCAGAAGAGGUCAAGUGCAUCUUCAGGACCAGGUAUGGGGAGGUGGUCAAUCUGAAAAGGCCAAGCAAGGAGGACAGGAGGAAGUUCUUCAGGGACUUAAUCCUGGUCCAGGCAGCACGAGCACCUGCCCGCAGGAAAAAAACAACCCAGCAGGCCCUUGAGGUGCUACUUCCGGCUGAAGACCCGGGCCCACGCCAGCUCUCCCCGGAGGAGCAGCGGCGUUUGGAUGAGCAAGAGGAGAACACACUGCGGGAGCUGCGGCUCUUUCUCAGGGAUGUCACCCGCCGGCUGGCCACAGAUAAGCGCUUCAGCAUCUUCAGCAAGCCGGUGGACGUUGAGGAGGUGUCAGAUUAUCUUGAGGUCAUCAGGCAGCCCAUGGAUCUGUCAACAAUAAUGACCAAAAUCGACACCCACAAGUAUCUUACUGCGAAGGACUUUCUUGCAGACAUUGACCUCAUUUGCAGCAAUGCCCUUGAGUACAAUCCUGAUAAAGAUCCUGGAGAUAAAAUCAUCCGCCAUCGAGCAUGCAGUCUCAAGGACACGGCACAUGCCAGGUUUGCAUCAGAGCUCGAUCCAGAGUUCAACCGUAUGUGCGAAGAGAUCAAGGAAUCUAGGAGAAAGAGAGGCUUCCAGAGCGUGCCAGAGCUGCCAAAUCCUCCACAGCCCCCAGCAGCCAAGAAGGCCGGAGAGGAGGAGGCUGCUGGGAGCACCACUCAGGGGGAUGGAGUGGACAGCCCACCGGCCAAGUGCAGUAACCAUGUGAAGCGUAAAGCGAGGAGGAAACCCUCGUGGGGAAGAGGCAUCAUCCGUAAAAAGAAGAGCUACUUGAAGAAGGAAGGGAUUGAAGGAGAUGAGGAGGGGGCACCGUCAAGUGGUAGACUGACAGCUGAGGAUGUUGGGGAGGAGUACAGUAUGGCAGGGCCUAGUGACUCUUGCCUGACACAGGAUGAGGACUCCUCAUGUGACACCAUGGAGACCUCUCACGGUGAGCCACAGCCUAAUGGACACGUGCUUUCCACAGAGGAAGAGAGCUCCAACGAGCCACCUGUUGUCCCUGCUGAGCCAAGGCACAAGCAGGAGGCCAUGUCUACAUCUGGUCGACUGCAAGAGUGUAUGAAUGGGGAUGAGUCACUGGACAGUCUGGAUAGUGAGGCCAACAAGAAGAGCUCUGAGGGUGGUGAAGAGAUGAGCACAGAAGUGGAGGUGGUAAGCACCCAGUCUUUGGCAGAGGGUGACAAGUUGGCAAGUACAGGUGUGGCGCACCACCAUCAGGAGAACAAGGCUUCUACUCCACAGAGCAGUUCACAGCAGGUGGCCUGUGAAGAGGAACAAGAUGUCUCCAAAGUGAAGAACUGCAGGAGAACUACUACUGAGCAACAGAAGGCAAUAAUAGUGGAGGAAAGGCCAGAGGAUUUACAACUGCCACCAUUGCCACCCCCUCUAGUGGUUGACUAUGAAAGACUAAGGGCAGAACAUAUCUCUAACAACAGACCCUGGCACUUUGAACACUGCAACACACAUGCUGAGUUUCACCUAAUAUCCAAGUGCAAAUUGGAUUGGUGCUUCUUGAAGCAAUUCUAUGGCUGGUGACCGGACUUGGGUAAGGACGCAGGCGUAAUUGGUGUAAAAUCAUUCUUCUAAAGCGCACUGAUGUGCCCCUUAUCUUCUUGGCAGUGCCUAAUAUCACACCAUUACUUCGGUGUAGUAGUCUUGACAGACAGCUGCUGUGCAUCCUCAUCGUAUAGUGAUCAAAACAUCGCUCCCCCUUCCCAAACUGCUGUUGCCUCUGUGCGCUACCACACUGGCUGCAGGCAAUGCGUGCAGUCAAUAAAACGCUUCUUAA